CGUUGUUCUUCAGCUGGCCAAUCAAUUUUGCCGAGGGUAGAUAUAUUUAAAGCCCUGUCAGAUCCCCCUAGAGAUUGAAUCUUUUGGGGAGAUUCUGGAGUUUGAUCUCUCCUUGCUCCCAAUGGGCCUCUUGCUUUGCAAUGCGGCAUUCUUUCUUCUAGCUUGGCUCACGAUCUCCGCAAGAGCCGAUCAAACUGGCCUCAGCAGAUGCGACUUUCCGGAAGAUUUCAUAUUCGGCGCCUCAGCAUCGGCGUUCCAGUAUGAAGGCGCUGUGGAUGAAGGCGGGAGAAAGCCCAGCAUCUGGGAUAUCUUUGCUGCGAACCCAAGAAACAUUGCGGAUGGAAGUAGUCCAAACAUCACGGAUGAUCAAUACCAUCACUACAGGGAUGAUGUUCUCCUGCUCAAGAACUUGGGGAUGGAUUCAUACAGGUUCUCAAUCUCCUGGACUCGAGUUUUCCACGACGGUCGCGUGAAUCCCGAAGGGGUUGCGUACUACAACAACUUGAUCGAUGCUCUGCUGGAACACGGAAUCAAGCCUUUUGUCACUAUCUAUCACUGGGAUCUCCCGCAAACUUUGCAAGAUAAGUUUGGAGGAUGGCUUAGCCGAGACAUCGUGGACGAGUAUUUGCGAUUCGCAGACAUUUGCUUCCAGGCCUUCGGCGACCGCGUGAAAAACUGGCUAACUUUCAACGAGCCACACCAGCUGGUAAACGGAGGCUACGUCCAAGGAUACUACGCGCCCGGCCGAUGCACGGGCUGCCCGCAAGGAAACUCGAGCACGGAGCCAUACAUCGUUGGCCAUCAUCUCCUGCUAGCACACGCCAAGGCCGUCAAACUCUACAGGCGUAAAUACAAGGUCAACCAGCGUGGCGUCAUUGGAAUGACGUUAGACUCGUUUUGGUAUGAACCAUACUCAAGUCUUCCGAGAGAUAUCGCAGCUGCUCGUAGAGCUCUCGACUUUGAACUUGGAUGGUUCUUGCAUCCAAUUACGUUUGGAGACUAUCCACAGUCGAUGCGUCUCUACGUCGGGGAUCGCUUGCCGGCUUUCACUGUCGAAGAGUCGAGAGAUCUUCGAAACUCCAUGGACUUUGUGGGACUCAAUCACUACACUUCUCGAUACACUCAAGACAAUCCAUGGCCUAGCAACGUUCGUCCCGGCUACGAGAGUGACUCCCAUACACACUUUCUAACUGAAAGAAACGGGAUUUCUAUCGGAGGCACGACUGGGACCUGGCUUUAUGUUGUACCUUGGGGGCUUUACAAUAUACUCAACCACGUCAAGGAGAACUACAACAAUCCUCCGAUUAUCAUCACGGAAAAUGGAUUGGUGGACGUUGCCGAUUCGAACACUUUUAGCGACAGGUUCAUAAAGGAUGAUGCAAGGGUUCAGUUCUAUGAGUCGUAUCUCACGAGCUUGCAGCAAGCCAUCGCGAACGGUGUGGAUGUUCGUGGCUACUAUGCGUGGUCUUUGCUAGACAAUUGGGAGUGGGAUAGCGGAUUUAGCCAGAGAUUUGGUCUCUAUUACGUGGAUUACACAACUUUGAAACGAUACCCGAAACAUUCAGCGCUUUGGUUUAAGCAGUUCCUCUCUAACACAAAAUGUAGCGUACUCGAGACUAUGUAAAGCCAAAAUCAUUCUUUAUUUUUUAUGUCUCUGGAGGGAUGAAUUGAUCAUGAUCUUGAAAUGGAGACCUUGUAAAGUAUCAUUGUAACCUUGUAAACAAUAACAAAAAAUAUUCUCAGUUAAA